AUGCCUCCCAACCACGGCCUAGUCCACGCCAAAGAGUACGACAUCAAGGACAGCAACGUCGAGCUCAUCGGGACCGACAUUGACCACCGCGUCAAACACAAGUCGGCCGCGACGGAGCCGGCCUGGAACGACGGCGCCGUCGGCACCAAGCCCGGCCUGCGCGUCUGGCGCAUCGAGCAGUUCCAGGUCGUGCCCUGGCCCGAAGACCAGUACGGCCAGUUCUACGACGGCGACAGCUUCAUCGUGCUGCACUCGACGAGGCCGGCACCGCCGCCUACAAGACGGUGCACCGCCGCCUACAAGACGGUCGAGCUGGACGAGUUCCUCUCCGGCGCCGCCACGCAGCACCGCGAGGUGCAGACCGCGCCGUCGGACGAGUUCCUCUCGCUGUUCCCGCGCCUCACCAUCCGGUCGGGCGGCGUGCGCACCGGCUUCCGCCACGUCGAGCCGCAGACCGGCCGCGCGCCCGUCCGCACGCUGCUGCGCGUCUUCAAGGGCCCUUCUGCGUCUGGCGGCGGCGUCGUGGUGCACGAGGUCGAGCCCGCCGUCGCCAGCCUGGACGACGGCGACGUCUUCGUCCUCGACGUCGGCGACAAGAUCUGGGUCUGGCAGGGCCGGCGCCGCAGCCCCGCGGAAAAGGCCAAGGCCGCCCAGGUCGUCCACGACAUGACGCUCGCGAAGCACAUUGACGUCGAGGUCGUUGCGCAGGCCGAGUCGCGAUCCCGCCGCGUGACGGACCUCCUCGGCGGCGGUGACGACGCGCCCCUCCUCGGCGGGGGUGACGACGCGCCCCGGGACGGCUUCAGCCAACGCCGCCCGAUGGGCACGGCGUCCUGGGCCGGCGAGGCUGCCGACCGUUCGGCGAGGCUGUUCCGUCUCAGCGAUGCCAGCGGCCGGCUGACCUUUGAUCUGGUCAGGGACGGCGGCCGCAUCUCGCUGGGGGACCUCGACGGCAACGACGUGUUCCUGCUUGAUGAUGGCGGCAGGGGCGUCUGGGUGUGGGAGGGCGCUGGUGCGAGCCGGAGAGAAAAGGCGGCGUGGCUGUCUGUUGCGCAGGCGUACAUUCGCCAUCUUCAGAGCGGCGAUCCUGAUGCCGCGCAUCACCUGGUGCCUCUGGCCAAGGUGAGGCAGGGGAACGAGAGCAGAGCCUUCUUGAGGGCUAUAGCCGCGUGCUAG